GACAGUCAAGGUUUUCCUGCCGACGAGUCAAGAGAAAUUAUGAUUUCGGUAGCUCUAAUUAUAUUGUGUCUUUUUCCGUGCGUGCAAAAUGAGUUUUUGCGUCCGUCUUACCAAGUUUUACUGCAAAGGAGGACAGACUUGGGUGGUUUAACUGAUGGCCACUGCUACGGAAAUAUUCUUCAGAGCCGUCUUGUUUUGACAGCGGCAUCGUGUUUAUUGAGUAACAAUUCAAAUAACCAAGCUGUAUUAAGUGGCCCAGAAGAAUUAGCUGUGUCCUUUAAAGGAAGAGACUUGCAGGAAUGGAUAUACUUUGUUGAUAGCAUUGACGUUUUUCCUAAAUUUAAUGUGUCAUCUUUUGAAAAUGAUAUUGCGAUUCUAAGUUUAAGUACACAACUUCCCCUUUCCGAGCGAAAUGAUAUUGAAUGGGUUUUAGUUGGAGACUAUGAUCUUACGGAUUUACCUUUGGAAGUCGGCGUAGAUUCAUAUGUUUGGAAAAAUCCUUACGGAGAAAACGUAUACCCUGGCUAUGGCGUUAUUCAUGAAAGUAAUCUAGUUGGAAUAAUUUCCUUAGGACUCCCAUCGAAAAACAUACGCGAAUCUAAUCUUGAAAAUGGAAUAACAAAUAGAUUUCUGCAAAUAAACCCUUAUUUAAGUUGGAUCUAUGGAAUCUUACAGAAUGCAGAGACUGCCGACAUAAAUAACAAUAGCUACAGUGCAUCUCUACCUUAUCGUCAAAGAAAAAGCGCAGAGAUAGUAAACGAAUACAUUGAACCUGACGCAGGAUAUUUUCAAGGCACAGCCAAUCCCUCUAUUGAUGUUAUAGAAACUGACCCAGAAGAUGAAACAAAUAUUGAGGAAACCUAUACUGAAAACGUUUUAGUGGAUUUAAUAAACGAGGCGGACCAAUCUAAUGAAAACAUUGAAAGUGAGACAGGAUAUCUAACAAACGCAGCGAAUAUAGACAAAAAGAAUUCUUUGUGGAUUUUAAUAUUCAUAAUUAUACAAGCUAAAUUAUAUAUUUACUGAAAUAUUUUGAUCUUAUGUUAUCCAUACUAAUAUAGAUUUAUAUUUUAUCCUAUAAAUUUAUAUUUUGUCUUAUUCAAAUUCAAAAUUUUGUUGCUGUUACAAAACACUUCCAAACACAUAAAUUUUGAACGCCAACUGUAUUAUAUUUAAAUAUUUAAAUAUGUUGAAUAAAAUGUAUCGAUAGUCACCA